AUGUUCAAACUUGUGUCUCGUAACAUUGUUAGAGCGGAUGUCCUUGAUGUUUAUGAAAUAGAAAAUGCCAAGUUAUAUCAAUUUUUGGAUGAGCUCUUUUCUAAGAUCACCUUGACAACUGAUAUAUGGACUUUAGACCAUCAAAAUUCUGCCCAUACAUGUUUGACUGUCCAUUAUGUGACUAAUGACUGGGAGUUAAAGAAGAAAAUCCUUGCUUAUAGACGCAUUGAUUACCCGCAUGAUGGAGACCAUAUGUUUAACUUUAUCAAAGAUCUAAUUUUAGAGUGGAACAUAGAUAAGAAGUUGUUUUCAAUGGUAGUCGAUAAUGCAAUGAGUAAUGAUGUCAUGGUAAGACUCUUAAAGCGAUGGCUACAUGACCAAGGAUUACUACAUUUGGGUGGACAAUUGUUUCAUGUGCGUUGUAGCACACACAUAUUGAAUUUAGUUGUUCAGGAUGGUUUGAAGGUGAUUGAGAGUCUUAUUUCAAAAAUCCCAGAAAGUGUGAGAUAUUUAGGGAGGUCUCCUUAUGGAAAACAAAAAUUUGAUGUUGCAGUGAAUCAUGUUAAGUUACAUUAUAAAAAGAAAGUCCUCAUGGAUGUUCCUACCAGAUGGAACUCCACUUAUUUAAUGCCUGAAGCUGCAUUAGAUUUGAAAACUGCAUUCCACUGCUUAGGGAAAAUUGACAAACAAUAUAAGCAUAAUCCUUUUGAGGAUGAGUGGAAUGUAGCAAAUGUGAUUUGUGGGUGCUUGAAGAUUUUUUUGGAUGCUACAUCUCACUUUAGUGCAAUUGGAGUGGUUCUUGAUCCGAGAUUUAAAAUGGACUUGGUGGAAUACUACUUUGGGCUUAUUUAUGGUGCUAAUGCUAAUAAGCAUAUUCAAAGGGUUCGUAAUGGUUUUGUUGAUCUCUUUUAUGAGUAUAGGAGUGAUUCUUCUGAUUCUAUGAGUUGCAUUGCACUUGUUUCUAAAAAUAGUAGCUUAAGUGGUAAUCAAUUACUUGUCGGUUCUUCGAAACAAGAAAGUUUGGCUGCUUUUCAUACGUGGUAUGCCCAAGAACGUGCUUCUAACAUUCACGCCUAUCAAAAAUCAGAGGUGGAGCAAUACUUGGAGGAGUUGGUGUUUCCAAGUAAUGAGAGUUUCAACAUUCUACAUUGGUGGAAAGUGAAUAAAGCAAAAUUUCCUACUUUGGCAAGGAUGGGUUGUGAUGUUUUAAGUGUUCCAGCUACUACGGUUGCAUUAGAGGCUGCAUUUAGUGUAGGAGGUAGGGUAAUUGAUGAGACACGUGCUUCAUUACUUCCAGAUAUUGUGGAGGGCCUUGAUCACUUGCAAUGA